AUGAAUCGUUUUGGUGAUAUUGACGCUUCAAAUAAAAGACUUCCACCUAUUUAUGGCUAUCACGCUGAAAAAUCUGUUACAAUAGAAAAAGCACUGGAACCUAUCGAGUCUGAAAUUGAAGAACUACCUCGUUUUAUAAAAAUAGCUAAAAAACACUGUCAUUUCCCAUCCGAACAUGGACUAACACAAGAUCAAUCAGCUGCGAUCUAUAUUUAUACAAUGGAAUGGGGCGAUACUACAUUGUAUCGUGUUUUGAAUAAAGCAUUACGAUCAGAAAAUCGGCAAGCAUUAAAGAUAUGGUUUCCGUACUUAAAACUAUUUGAUACAGCAUUAGAUAAGCUGCCUACUGUCAAAGAAGCAGUAUGGAGAGGUAUACCUAUUGAUAUUGGUAAGAAUUUCAUUAAAAAUCAAACUGUGACGUGGUGGAGUGUUAAUUCAUGUUCAUCAUCACCGAACGUUAUUAAAACUUUUCUUGGAGGCACUCAAAACUCAACUCUAUUUUUAAUUGAAACUAUGAAUGGAAAAAAAAUUUCUGGAUAUACGGAAUAUGAAAAUGAAGAUGAAGUUAUUCUACGAAUGGGUUCCGAAUUUCGUGUAAAAGGUGAUCCUUUGGCUCAAUUGAAUGGUUCAUACGUUGUACACUUAAUUGCAAUUGAUGAUAAUAAUGAUCAACCAUUAGCUUCAAAUAAUAACAGUACUUGUGUUAAUAUUCCUGCUAAUACCAAAUGGGCACAGGAAGGUGUGACUAUUGCUGGCGGUAAUGGGAAAGGCAAUGGCACCAAAAAACUGCACUGUCCUCAUGGUCUCUUUGUUGAUGAUGAUCAAACAGUGGUUAUUGCUGACUGGAUGAAUCAUCGUAUCAUCCAAUGGAAGAAAGAUGAUACCACGAAUGGACAAGUUGUUGCUGGUGGCAAAGGCGAAGGAAAUGGAUUGAAUCAAUUGAGGUAUCCAAUUGAUGUAUUGAUUGAUAAAGAGACGGAUAGUCUCAUUAUUUGUGAUGAAAACAAUCGACGCGUAGUACGAUGGUCUCGUCGUAGGGGUACAACAGAAGGAGAAAUACUCAUUGACAACAUCCGAUGUUACGGAUUGGCUAUAGAUGAGCAGAGAUAUCUCUACGUCUCUGAUCGCGAAAGACAUGAAGUAAGACGAUAUCAAUUGGGAUAUAGAAAUGGCACUAUCGUAGCGGGUGGAAAUGGCGAAGGUAGUGAUCUCAAUCAACUCAAUUCGCCGCGAUAUCUCUUUGUCGACCAACAACAGAAUGUCUACAUAUCAGACUGCGGAAAUCAUCGUGUAAUGAAAUGGAUGAAAGGUGCAAAAGAAGGCAUCAUGGUAGCUGGAGGUCAAGGUAAAGGGAGUGCUUUGACACAAUUGGAUCGGCCUAAUGGACUCUUCGUCGACACAUUGGGUACUCUCUAUGUAGCAGACCAGGGGAAUGAUCGUGUGAUGCGUUGGAUUCAAGGAGCGAAACGAGGUACUGUAAUUAUGGGUGGAAAUGGUCAAGGAGAAGGAACAAAUCAGUUCUACUGGCCCUGGGGUUUGUCUUUCGAUCGACAUGGCAAUCUCUAUGUCACCGAUUAUAAUAAUCAUCGUGUUCAACGAUUUUCUAUCGAAUCAGGCAUGUGA